AAGUAGCAGAGCCAGUUGUUGUUUACGCGGAAGUGAGGCGAAGCUGCUUUUAAAUUAAACACUAAAAAACUCAAGAAAACAGAAGAUAAAGCGUUUAAAGUUAUUCCAAAGGAGACUUCACUGACACCUGAUGGGGGGAGGUAACUUACAGAAAGCCAUCGACCUCGCCACCAAAGCUGCAGAGGCGGACAAAGCCAAAAACUACGAGGAGGCCCUCAGACUCUAUGAGAAUGCGGUGCAGUACUUCCUGCAUGUCAUCAAAUACGAGGCUUCGGGUGAGCGAGCGACGCAGAGCAUCCGAGCAAAGUGUGCCGACUACCUGGACCGAGCCGAGCAGCUGAAGGAAUACCUGAAGAAGAAGGAGAAUGCACCUCCAGGCAAGCCGGUCAAAGAGUCCCAGUCAGGGGAUAAAGGGGAUGAAAAUGGAGACAGCGAUGACGCAGAGAAGAAGAAGUUCGAGGGUCAGCUCUCAGGUGCCAUUGUCAUGGAGAAACCAAACAUAAAGUGGGACGAUGUCGCCGGACUUGAAGGAGCCAAAGAAGCCCUGAAAGAAGCCGUGAUCCUGCCCAUCAAGUUCCCUCACCUGUUCCAAGGGAAAAGGACUCCAUGGAGAGGGAUCCUUCUGUUUGGACCUCCAGGAACAGGGAAGUCCUACCUGGCCAAGGCGGUCGCUACAGAGGCCAACAACUCCACCUUCUUCUCCAUCUCGUCCUCCGACCUCGUGUCCAAGUGGCUUGGGGAGAGUGAAAAGUUGGUGAAGAGUCUGUUCAGCAUGGCCCGGGAACACAAACCGUCCAUCAUUUUCAUCGACGAGAUCGAUUCUCUCUGCGGCUCCCGGAGCGAGAACGAGAGCGAGGCGGCGCGAAGGAUCAAGACAGAGUUUCUGGUGCAGAUGCAGGGUGUUGGAAAUGACAACCAGGGAAUCCUGGUGCUCGGAGCUACAAACAUCCCGUGGACACUGGACUCCGCCAUCAGGAGGAGGUUUGAGAAGCGGAUCUACAUCCCUCUGCCUGAGGAGCACGCUCGCUCCUUCAUGUUCAAGCUUCACCUGGGCUCCACCCCCAACGAUCUGAAGGAGCCCGACUUCAUCGAGCUGAGUAAAAAGACGCAGGGUUACUCCGGGGCGGACAUCAGUAUCAUCGUCAGGGACGCCUUGAUGCAGCCGGUCAGGAAGGUUCAGUCAGCCUCGCACUUUAAGAAGGUUCGUGGAUCGAGGUGGAACGAUCCAAACACUAUGGUGGACGACCUCCUGACCCCGUGUUCUCCCAGUGACCCCGGAGCCAUCGCCAUGACGUGGAUGGACGUUCCUGGGGACAAACUGUUAGAGCCCAUAGUGUGCAUGGACGACAUGCUGAGGUCGCUGGCAAACACCAAGCCCACAGUGAACGAGGACGACUUGGGGAAGCUGACGAAGUUUACUGAAGACUUCGGUCAAGAAGGCUGAAAACACUCUGCGACCCUCAGCUCAUCAGCAGGACUUUUUUUUAAUUCACUGUCUCUUCUGUUUUUGUUUGUUUGAUUCAUGUUUUCUUCUGUUAAUGUCAAAAACUCUGAGAAACAUCCAGGACAGAUCACCGGAGCCUGAAGCUGGUGUGACCUGAGACUGUGAUGCAAAAGAAAAGCAGGUUAAGAUCAUAGACUGUAUGUAAGAAGUCGAUGUAGACACACAGCCUUGAGUGCAACAUGAGCUGACCUUAUAUGGGCGAGAGGGCGGAGCUAAAAGGAGGGAAGUUGUUCUGUUUGUGUGUUAUUAUCAAGCGGCAACCUCCAGUCUGAAACGAUGAAGCCCAUGCGGAAGUGUUAUAAACUGCAAUACAUCGAGAAUCCGCGUGAGGCUGGCUGCAGAAACACCAGAAACCAUAUAGACACCAAUUCAAAAAAGACGAUCUUUGCAGCAUUAAUAAACAUGUUUACAGCCUGGGUGGGUGAAUCUUUUCAUAACACGACGGUUCAGAAGAUAUUAAGAUUACGAGUUUUUGCCCAAAUAAGGACAUGACUGACUUGACUCCCGGUCGGGAACACAUAGCUGUUGGCUAGGAGGCUCAAACUCCGCCUCUUUACAUCACACUAUGCCUGGGUGAAUUCUGCAUUUCCAAUAUGGCUGCCGCCGUCGAUUGGCCUUCAAAACAGCGCUCAGGAACAGACGGGUGACAUCACGGAUACUACGUCCAUUAUUUAUACAGUCUAUGGAAAUUAUCGAUGACACUAACUAUGGUUCAAAAGCAGGCUUCGUAAAUGCUGUACAUGCUCUGAAAAAACGCACUUUGGCACCCUGUUUAGCCCCGCCCCCAACCUCCUACUUCCUGCUCUCUGAGACUCUAAAUGCGACCAUCGUUUACUAAAUAAACAUCAUGAUGUGUUGAAGAAGACUUAAACUAGAAAUCGAGACCAUAAACUCAUCAGGAACAUGUUCAGCUGAGGAGGAGGGGCGUUUUCUUAUAGACUUCUAUGCAAUCAGACUUUUACGCCCCCUGCUGGUCAGUAGAGAUGCAGGUUAAAUGCAGGUUAAAGAACCUCCACUGCGUGCACUUCUUAAAUACAGUCUGUGGUUCCUAUUUAAGCUUCUGUUUGCUGCAGCAGUUCAAUGUUUACUGCUUCUAUGGUUUUCUAAAAUAAAUAAUCGAUGAUCAAACUCUUAUUUUAUUUAUUUUCUUGAUCUUCUAACAAAUCAAUCAAAUGUUUUAUCACUUUUUAUCAUGUUUACGUCUCUUUAAGGAGUCCUGUUUUUAUCUGUUUUUGUUCUCUGGAAACAAAGUGAUAUAUCUUGUUUUUUCUGACAGCACUGUUAACUCAGUGAUGAUGCUUUGGUUUGAAUGCACAUUUUAAACACCCUGUGUGGUCUGACAGGAAAUUAAUCUGCCUUUAAAUAAUCCAGUUUGUUCUUUAAAAAUUGGAUUUAAUCUGUUUGAUGUGUAAACGCAGAUGUAACUUGUUUUAUGAAACUACACGUGGAGUUUUCACCAGCUGCUUCUCUGAGAGCCGUACGCGUUUCUGUUUGAAACACCGUACACAAGCAGUUUUUGAAUUAUUGCUCAUUCUUUAACUCUUGAUGUCUUUGCACAUUUUCUACACUUUGUAUUUUGGUUACAGUUUUAUAGAAAUGAAUAAUGGAACUGUUGUUUUCGUGGUUUGAGUUUAGUCUUUAUUUAAGGUUGUCUCUGGGUUACCUGAGGUCACUCUUUUGUUGAAACUGAAGGUGAUCAUCUGCACAUUUUUAAUUCCCUAUAUAACAUGUUUUGUGAACAAAGGGUUAAAAAAAUAAAGCUGGAAAUGAAAACAGGA